AUUUGAAUAAGACCUCUUUCUGCGCCCAGCGCACACAGGGGAUGCAAGCUGUGCAAAAGACCAGCAAACCAACAGCAAGCCGCUUCUAAGCCUGGGUCAUUGUGAGGAGUUAAGGCGCUGCAAUAAGAGAACAAGUUAAAAGGACAGAAAUAAUUUGAAGAACCAUGACUACUUUUCUUCUACUGUGUGCCUGCCUCUGUGUCUACUCUGCAACAUUAACAAUUGGACAAAUAAAUGAUGAGGACAGUAACCUUAGUGUUAGCAUCCCUAUUGAGCAGCCGCUACGCCCCCUGCUAGGCGGGAAGGUGGUCAUCCCCUGUUAUUUUCAGGACAACACAGUUCAUGACCCUGGAGCCCCUACGAUUGCUCCCCUAUCACAACGCAUCAAGUGGAGCUACAUUAAUAAAGGCAAAAUAAGCCUUAUCCUGGUGGCGCUUGGGGGAACAAAACAUAUUGAACCAGACUAUUUGGACCGGUUGACCAUGGUGAACUAUCCCUCAGUACCUACAGAUGCCACCAUAGAGAUCUCAGAGCUGCGCUCCAGUGAUUCUGGGACAUACCGAUGUGAAGUCAUACAGGACACAGAGGACAACUAUGACUCAGUGGAGAUGCAGGUUCAAGGGAUUGUAUUCCACUACAGGGCCAUAACCAGCCGCUAUACCCUGACAUUUGAAAUGGCAAAGGCAGCGUGCAUCCAGAACAGUGCUGUUAUUGCUACCCCUGAACAGCUACAAGCUGCUUACGAUGACGGGUUUCACCAGUGUGAUGCGGGCUGGCUGUCAGAUCGAACUGUCAGGUAUCCCAUUCAUGAGCCCAGGGAGCCUUGCUAUGGAGACAAGGAAAAAUUUCCAGGUGUACGAACAUAUGGCAUCAGAGAUGAUAAUGAGACCUACGAUGUGUACUGCUUCGCAGAGAAGAUGUCUGGCAGAGUCUUCUACUCCAUGUCCAUGACAAAGUUUACGUUUUCUGAGGCAUCUGAACAGUGUGGGAAGCUUGGCGCCCAGUUGGCCACCACAGGGCAAAUUUACUUGGCCUGGAAAAAUGGAAUGGAUGUGUGCAAUGCUGGCUGGCUAGCAGAUGGGAGUGUGAGAUAUCCUAUCAACAUUGCCCGUCCUCAAUGUGGCGGAGGUCUUCUGGGUGUACGGACUGUGUACCGUUUUCCAAACCAGACAGGUUUCCCCGACCCAGAAACCCACUAUGAUGCCAUCUGUUACGAGGGAGAGGAUAAAAUACCCAGUCCCUACUCUCCAGUACCUGAUGUACACGUGACCACAGACUUCUACUCCCCAGUAACUGACACUUACAUGACCACAGACUUGUAUUCCCAAGUGCCUUAUAUUUCCAUGACCACAGAUGCUGACUUUAGCGUGGGCACUGACACCUCCAGUCCAAUCGCUUAUCAUGAAAGUGAUACCACUGAGGGUGGUGAACUUCGGGGAGUGUUUGUAACUCAUGCGCCCUGGGUUACCACCAUGGUUCCAUCUACUUCCUUUCUUCCUACCGUAGAAGAGACUGUUGAUCAGGAAAUCAUCGUUGUAGAUAAAGCUCAGCCUAAACUGGGCCAUGAGGUACCAAGAGAUAAUGUCAGCAUUGAAUCUGUGGCAGAAAGUGUUAAUGAAUCUGUCAGUGGGUUACCCAGUGGCGAUGUAUAUGACAGUGGCUCAACCAGUGCUGAAGGUUCCAGCAGUGGGUCUCCCAGUGGCUAUGUACCUGGCAGUGGCUCAACCAGUGCUGAAGGCUCCAGCAGUGGGUCCCCCAGCGGAGAUGUAUCUAGCAGUGGCAUUGACAGUGCUGAAGGCCCCAUCGUUGUUUCUGUCAGUAGAGAUGUGUCUAGCAGUGUCCUUCCCAGUGCAGAAGGUUCCAGCAGUGGAGAUGUAUAUGGCAUUAGCCUUGACGCUACUGAAGGUUCCACCAGUGAACAUGGAUCAAGCGAUAGCCUUUUCAAUCCUAAAGGUUCUACUAGUGGCUUCCCUAGUGGUGAAGUGUCAGGUAGCACAAUCUCCAGUGGGAGUGUAUCUGGGUCUGGUGAUCAUGGCUCAGGCAUCAUUGUCAUCCUCAAGGAAAGUGUAGACAUGCAGUCAGCAGAGGGAUCUGCCAUAGAAGGCUCUCAAGAGGCAAAAGAAGAGAUUGCAAUAUUUUCUGGCACAGAAAUGGAAUCUGGAGACCUUAGUGGGGACCACUCAGGAUCAGGUGAUGUGUCUGGAUCUGGACAGUAUAGCAGUGGGUCUGGUGGUCUGCUAUCUGGCAGUGGGGAAACGAUUACCUUGGUUGAUGAUUUAAUGACCUAUAUGGCCUCUCCACGACCAACAACAGAGCAGGAAUUUGUUGGAGGACAGCCAGAGAUUAGUGGCUUCAGUGGGAUACCCAGUAGUGACAUCACAAGUGGCACUGAACUCAGUGGCAUGCCAACUAGUAAUAUCAUUAGCGGCUCUGGAUCCAUUGGCAUGUCUAGCGGUGACACCACGAGUGGUUCUGGGUUUAGCGGAGUGCACACUGGUGAUAUCCUAAGCGGCUCUGGAUUUAGCGAAGCACCCAGUAGGGAUAUCCUGAGUGAGCCAGGAUUGAGUGGCGUGUCCAGUGGUGAUGCCAUAAGUGCCCCUGGAUUAAUUGAUCCUUUACACGGAGAGGUUAUAAUGGGAUUAAAACCUGUCCAUUCUACAACUACGAUAACUUCCAUCAACAGUACAACGCCCAGUCCCUUGACAUUGCAUCUUACACCAGCUACCAUGGAACAGCCCACUGUCACUGAGGCACGGGGAUGUAAGGAUGACUGGGUGGAAUUUGAAGGCAACUGCUAUAUCCACUUCAGUGAAAGAAAGAACUGGACAAAUGCUGAACAGCACUGCAGAGAGCUAAACUCUCAUCUGCUUAGCAUCACUUCCAAGCAAGAGCAAAUAUUUGUUCAGAGUCACAUUUGGAAUUACCAGUGGAUUGGACUCACCGACAGAGGCCAGCCAAACGAGUUCCACUGGACAGACGGGAGCCCUUUGGAAUUUGUAAACUGGAGCCCGAUCCACCCAGAAUUUUACAAUGCUGUAGAACACUGUGUAGCAAUGGCUGGCCGUGAGUCUGGCCUGUGGAGUGCUGAAACUUGUAGCUACAAUCUGCCCUUCACUUGCAAAAUUAGAUUUGUCGAAUGCACCACACCCCCGGAGGUCGAAAAUGCCAGGAUGUUAGGAAACAGCGGGGAGCACUACCCAGUCAACUCCAUCAUCCGCUACCAGUGUGACCCGGGCUUUACACAGCGGCACCAUUCUGUGAUACGCUGCAUGCCAGACGGCCACUGGGAAGAGCCAAAAGUAGAAUGUGUACAAAAUCUUACAACAUACAGACAUAAAAGAUCCCUCAAGCGGCAUUCCAAAGCGGUCAGCAGACGAACAUGAAGAAAGGUCCUCUGAACAGGACACAAGGCACUUCAAAUAAUCUAGAGGACUGUUGUUAGUGAAAAGCAUCUCUGCACAAGUCUUAUUUGCCCGAACGAAAUCCAGUAGCCUCGGUAACAGGGUCCACUUUAUACAAUGAUGCACAAUACAUUCUGUUCUGUAGUCUGCCUGGCUGAUUUAUUUCGAGUGUUACUCAGUGCCUUGCCGUUGGGGAAAAAGAAGAAGGAACAAAUUUUUGGAGUGAGAUUUAAAGGAAAGAAUAUUUUCCCACCAUUAAGCGUUUUUAUUCCUUAUACAAUCCAAUGUUUAACCCAAAAGUUAACCCCCUAAAAUCCCAGUUUUUUUUUUUUUUUAGUUAUUCAGACUUGAGCAUAUUAUUCAAUAACUUUUUGGAAUUAUUCAGUAAUUACAGAUAAACUAAUUUGAGAGUCAUGUAGUUAUAAGAGUGAAGAAGGGGAGUGGACCAGACAAUGGGUUAAAAAACAAAACAAAAAAUGAAGAAAUAAUAAUAAUAAAAAAGCCGGAAUUAUAAAAAAAAAAAUAAUAAUAAUUUUUUUCAGUAACAGGCUGAAUAUUUUGCCCAGAAACAAACUGCUUGUAAAGUAUUCUUUAUGCUCAAUGGUGACUCCAUUGGUCACUUUAUUCUUCCUGUUUUGCAUCAUUUUCAUCUUUCUUUUUAUGAGAGUGAGUAAAAGAGAAAGAGAGUGAGUGAUUGUAGGGAGGGCAAAAGAGUAACAUAUAAAAAACAAGACAAAAGGCUUCAGUGACUACAGCUGAAUAUAUAAUAUAUAUAUAAACUCAAACAUAUUUAAAAUUAUUUCUGCAAACAUUUUUUCCUUAUUUUGUCUUUAUAUUUUAGUCCUUUGUUUAUACGUUUAGCUUCAUCACAGAAAGUGGUGAAAGUGAGACUGUGAAAGAUAAAAACAUCCAUUUCAUUUCUGUUGCUGUUCACCGGAAAUUGAAAAAAAAAAAUCAUGAUAUAAUUUAACUGCAAUGAAACUUUAUUUAUUAAGGACUAAAAGCCUGAAGCACAUUUAAUUGCCUUUUCAUUUAUCAAAGCUAGUCCCCGUAUGAAGCAAUGCUUAUAUUACAGAGAAACAGAGGGUUGCUAAUUGCAUAGAUCUGCCUGCCGGAAAAAAAAAAAAAAAAAAACAGUUCUGAUGCUGAUAAUGGAAGAUGGCACCAUAAAUAUUAACAUGUUCACAUGCGAAAAUUUAACUGGGUAACCCAGAGCCAUCUUUGUAAGGGAAGCGAUGAUUAUUGCACUGGUUUGUAUUUUAAUCAUACGAAGUAAUAGCCUACACUUUUAUACGCCAUUGUCUUGCUGUCAACUGUUACACUGAGCUCAUAGCUGUCUGAGUGCCACACCUGUGUCCACUGAAUAAACAGAGACUAAAUA